CUGUCUGUCACACCUUGCACCUUGUUUUCUACUGGAAUAAUUAGGAGACAGUUAACAAAAUGCCUGUAAGCCUCUGUGGUUCAUGGGACAUGGUGAGCAAUGUCAACUUUGAGGGAUACAUGAUUGCUUUAGGGAUAAGUCUGUACACCCGCAAGAUCGCCCUGAAGAUAAAACAUCGUAAAGUGAUCGAGCAGGUGGGGGAUCGAUAUGUCGUCAAGACUCUCAGCACCUUCAGAAACUACACUUUCUCCUUCAGAGUCAGUGAGGAGUUUCAAGAGUUCACCAAGGGACUGGAUGACAGAAACUGCAAGUCUCUGGUGGCAUGGGAGGGGAACAAGUUGGUGUGCAUUCAGAAAGGUGAGAAGAAGAACAGAGGUUGGGCACACUGGAUAGAGGACGACAAACUCCAUUUGGAGUUGCAUUGUGAAGAUCAAGUCUGCAAACAAGUUUUCAAACGGGUUGUUUGAGGCCCUUCUGUGACGUUUACUACAAGAAAAGGUGUACUGAUGUAAACAAAGCUGUUUACACUUUAAACUCACCUCAGAGUCAGUGGAA